AUGGAAGAUGACAGUACAUGCAAGGACUAUCUCUCAAUAUUAAAGGUUGCAUUGCAGCUAGAGUGUUUUGAUAUGAAGAGGGUGAGUGGGAUGAUGAGGAGGCCAAUCAUGGAUUUGAAUCAGUCAGUGGAUCAGUUCACACUUUCAACUCCAUCUCCAGAGGUGCAUAACUUCAUGCCCACGACUCCUUUUGUAUUGCCCUAUCACCGGGAAACCAAAGAUGAUCUUGAGGCAAGACAUUUUCGGAUUCUGAAGACGCAAAGGAAUAGUUUAGAAAUGUUCUGGAAUCAACAAAUAUUUGACAUUCGUAAUACUUCAGCCUUUAAGAACAAUCAUCAACUACCUCUGGCAAGGAUCAAAAGAAUUAUGAAAUCCAACCGCGAUGUGAAGAUGAUCAGCGCAGACACUCCAAUCGUGUUCUCGAAGGCGUGCGAGCUGUUCAUACUGGAGCUGACACUUCGUGCAUGGCUACAAACUGAACAUUGCAAGCGUCGAACACUACAGCGUUUUGACAUUGGUAGAGCCUUGAGGAACGAUGAGCUUCUUGAAUUCUUGGUCGAUUUCGUUCCUUUUGAUUAUAACAAGGGUUCUGAUAGUGAAAAAUCCUUGGAAGAAAUUGAAAUUCACCCUGCAAAACAGAUGCAUUUCCCGGUUAUAGAUAUCAAUGGGGAUAUAAUUUUGAAUGAUGGGGAAGUUCCUCAGCAGCUCCUGAUGAAACCAUCCGAAUUCGAUUAUGGUCUGCUUCAUAAGGUAAGGUAA